AGAGACCAGGUGUGCGAACUCGGAUAGCGACGUGAAAAGACCUUUUUUUUUUUCUACGAUAAGUUGUAUCGGUCGUCUCAUAAGCCUUGUUUUUCUCUCUUCUGAGCCGCAUUCCCAUGACUUGAACAGCGCUAUUCGGCAUCCUCGUCAUCAUGGUCACGAAAUCGCCUUUCCCAGACGUUGAGAUCCCAAACGUCGAUCUCUGGGGUCUCAUGUUUGAUCGAAAGAACCGUGGGUUUGCGGACGACAAAAUCAUCUACCGCAUGGUGAACUCGGACAGGAGAUACACCUUUGCAGAUGUCAAGGCUCACGCUACUUCUUUCGGCGAAGGCCUGCGCAAUCUUUGGGAUUGGCAGAAAAACGACGUUCUGGCAUUGUAUGCGCCGAACGACAUUGACAUCCCACCUAUCAUAUACGGAACCUUCUUCGCAGGCGGGAUCGUGACGCCAGCCAACCCUGGCUAUUCACCUGACGAGCUCGCCUACCAGCUGGAAAACUCUGGAGCUCAAGCCGUGGCUACGACGAUGCAGUUCCUGCCCGCCGCCCUCAAGGCGGCCGAGAAAGUCGGCAUCGACCCUGGCAAAGUCAUCCUGCUGGGGGCCGAGCGCGACCCUAGCCACCGCGUAAAGCAUUGGACGAGCAUCCGGAAAACGUCAGGUUCAACGCGGUAUCGAAGGCGAAAAGCAAGACCGGACGAGGACCUUGCCUUUCUUGCGUACUCGUCCGGAACGACUGGGCUGCCCAAAGGGGUGAUGCUCAGCCACCGAAAUAUCGUGUCGGACCUGCUUCUGGUCGAAGGCGCCGUGGGAAAGUGGUACUCUUCAGAGCGCGACAAGUUCUUGGGCGUCCUGCCUUUCUUUCACAUUUACGGGUUGACAGGGCUGGUACAUCAGAUGCUGCAUCGAGGCAUCGAACUCGUGGUCAUGCCAGCUUUUGACCUGGAGGUCUUCUUGAAGGCCAUACAAGACCACAGGAUAACUUUCAUAUAUGUUGCGCCUCCCGUCAUCGUGCGGCUUGCCCGUGAUGAGAUCGUCGAUAAAUAUGACUUGAGCAGCGUGAGGAUGAUCACCUCCGGUGCUGCACCGCUGACAAAAGAAUUGGUGGAUUCGGUGCACAAGCGACUGAACAUUAAGAUCAACCAAGCAUAUGGGCUCAGCGAGACCAGUCCUAUGACGCAUACUCAGCCUUGGGACGAAUGGUACAGCUCUGUUGGCUCCGUCGGGAAAAUGUUCCCAAACAUGAAAGCCAAGUACAUCUCAGCGGAAGGCAAGGAACUUGGGCCCGGCGAGGCGGGGGAGUUGUGGCUCGCAGGGCCAAACGUUUUCAAAGGCUACUGGAAGAACGAGGAGGCGACCCGCAACGCCAUCACGGAAGAUGGCUUCUUCAAGACCGGCGACGUGGGCUACCAGGACGAGAAUCACAAUUUCUACAUCACAGAUCGAGUCAAGGAGUUGAUAAAAUACAAAGGAUUUCAGGUGCCUCCAGCGGAGCUGGAAGGCAAGUUGAUGGAGAACGACAUGGUCGACGACGUUGCCGUGAUUGGCGUGCAGGAUGAGGCCAUGCACACAGAAGUGCCCCGAGCCUAUGUCGUGUUCAGCAAAAGGAGUAGAGUAAAAGCUGGGGAGAAGGAGGCGGCGGACAUCGUGGAUUGGACGGCGAAGAAAGUGGCUAACCACAAGAGAUUACGAGGCGGAGUCGUUUUCGUAGAUGAAAUACCGAAAUCAGCAAGUGGAAAAAUCCUACGCAGGGUGUUGAAGGAAAGGAGCAAAGGGGACAAAGCGCUGGGCAUUGCGCCGAGCGAAAAGCUCUGACGACUUGUCUCAUUUCGAGCGGUAAAUUUCACCUGUAAAAGGCCUAGUAAUGACCUUCUAGUGUCAAAACACCG